AUGAUCGAGAAAACACCCAUGCCAGCCGCCUCGCCCGAGCCUCCUCUCGUCCCCACUCGACGCGCGCCCGCAUCAACCCAUACUCGCCGAUACCACCAUCCCCCCGCCGCCAAGCCCAUGCCUCUUCCGGCCUACUCGCGCGCCUCGUCCGCUCCUCCCCCCUCCUUCCCCUCCGCUCUGCCUUGCCCACUCUUCUGCCUAAUGCUCCGCUCGGCUCCCUCCUCCCCCGACCCGCCCCUUUUCCCUCAUCUCCCUCGUCCGCUCCUGAGCGCCUCUUCAUCCCCCCUCCUUGCCGCUCGCCCUCCUCGCCACCUCCAGCACCUGGCUCUCCGCCAGACGGCCCGAAAUGAGUGCUCCUCCCCCACCCCCAACGUCGGCCAAGCCGGUGGUCCCUCCUCCACUGCCUCCUGCCUCCCGGCCUCCGUCCCACCCACGCCCAGUCCACUGUUCGACCGAAUGCCCCAGCACAGCGGAGGAGUGUUGCCGCCGUUCCCUUCAACGCCCUCGACUCUCCGCCUCGCCAGGUACUCGUCCUCGACCCACCGCCGCGCCCACGGCCUCCUCCUCUUCUCUCCAGCAAUGCUCUCCGCCUCGGACCGCCCCGCGUGA